AUGUCGGGCGGCUUCAUCAUCAAAGAUAAGCCCGACGGGGAUGCAUUCACAUUACCUCCUGCUGCAUUGAGUAACGCCAGUCGGAGAUCUUCUCGCUCAGAUCCUUCAUAUGCCCCGGCAUCGCCAACCUCCCCAGAACUCUCUGGCCGUCGUUCAAGCCACACUGCACGGUCGGGUACAUCGAUCAAACGCCCGCUCGAGGAUUUUGAUUUGCCUCCGCCACCAACCAGAACUCGCAAGAUCAUCCAGAUGAAGCCAAAGUCACCUUCAAAAACCAGGACGAGGGAAAAUGUCAAGGGUUCACAGAGUUCAGAAGACGCAAUGCCCCCCACAUCGAACUCUAAAAGGAAACAGCCCAGUGCGACUAGUGCUGCAGGCCGCAAGAUCGCCCGCAAGACCGCACAUAGUCUAAUUGAGCGGCGACGACGGUCCAAGAUGAACGAGGAGUUCGGGACGUUGAAAGACAUGAUCCCAGCAUGCACCGGGCAGGAAAUGCAUAAGCUGGCCAUUCUUCAGGCAAGCAUUGACUAUGUCAAUUACCUAGAGAAAUGUAUCCGCGACAUGAAGACUGGAGGAUUCACACAUACCCCGGCCGCACCCCCCUCUCCAACAUCCCCUGAGUUCAUCGCAGAAACAGGCGAGCCGCCUAUGCGAAGGGAUAGUUCUUCUGCUUAUUCAUACUCCACCUCUGCAUCACCGGAGUUGCGCGCUGCUCCCACAGAAUUCCCCGAUACAUCCCCGUCCUUCUCUCCGCGCACCCAAGUCCCCUCAGCCAAUAUCCCGCAGGAUGCGUCAUCUAUCCUUCCUAGCCCGGCACUGGGCCCGAUAUGGGCGUCGAACGAGAAGAUGCAGGAGUUUCAGGGGGUUGAUCAUGAGGCUUCGGCAGCUUUGCUCAUGCUGACUCAGGAUCGGAGAGGGACUGCUGAUUCGAUCAGUGAGAAUUUCCCUGGGAGUACGGCAUUGGCGCUGUCUGCGGAGGAGACCCCAGCUGCGCCUGCUGAUAUUCCAAGGAGAAAGGGCAUGAGUGUCCGCGAUCUUCUUAUUUCAUAA